GAUUGGAACUUGGGAGCUUGCUUGUAUGGAUUUAAGCUUCUGAAAAGUCGUCGUACUUUUUGUUGCCGGUACAUCUCGGGUGUUCCUGAUCUGUUUUGGAGUUCAUUACUGGUACUUUGGACAUUGUAUCAGUUAUGCAGUUGUAGCAUCUGUGCUAUUGGGUGCUGCUGUUUCACGGCAUUUAUGCAGCUAGAUGAGAUGCCGAGCACAGUUAUCCGACUUAGAGAAGGUUUCCGCAGAGAAGACCAAAAUAGCUCCGCAAGCUCUUCUGACGGGUGUGGCUCUAGUGCCAAACGCAGUAGUAGUGGUUAUGCUGGUCAUCUUGGUAAUGCAACUGUGCCUUGGACUGGUGAUGGCAGUACCUGGAAUAACAUUGAGGGGAUUAAUAGUGAUAAGAGUAUAGACAGUGGAAGACCAAGUCUAGCUCUACGUAGUAGUUCCUGUCGUUCAGUUGUUCAAGAGCCUGAAGUAGGAUCAUCAUAUGUAUACAAAAAUUUAGAGCAUAAUAGUUCAUUGGUUGUUUGUUCUAGCAGUGGCCUUGAAAGCCAAGGCGGUGAUUUUAGUACAUCCACUUCUACAAAUCAACAGAUACUGGACUUGAAUUUGGCACUUGCAUUUCAAGAAAAGUUGA